ACUCUUUUAGUAUUCGACAUUCCGGAGGAAAAUCGCCUUCUGAUAGCCCCCGGGAGAAGGAAAGCGCCGAAAUGACCGAAACAUUAGAUGAAGAACAAAAGAAACUGCUGAAGAGGGCGUUUUCGAUGUUCGAUUCGGGCAAGAAAGGGAACAUCGAUAGGGAAAAAGUAAGAACAAUUCUGACGACUUUAGGGCAUCAUUUCGACGACUCCGAAUUGGAUGCGCUGUUGUCGGGCGAGGAUCCAGAUAAUACAGGAACGGUGAAUUUCGACUCGUUCUGUCGCGUCGCCGGCCAUUUUCUGGAAAACGAAGACGACGAAACCCUGCAGAAGGAACUUAAGGACGCUUUCAGACUGUACGAUAAAGAAGGUAACGGCUACAUCCCCACAUCGAGCCUGCGGGAGAUCCUGGCGGCCCUCGACGAUCAGCUCACCAGCGAUCAGCUGAACGAGAUGAUCGCCGAAAUCGAUACCGACUCCUCCGGCACCGUCGAUUUCGAAGAAUUCAUGGAAAUGAUGACGGGCGAUUAAGGACGGGGUUGUAAUGAUAGCGGAAUUGUGUUGUAACUUUUGAUUAAUAAAAUUUGUUUAAUAAAAUUACUGUGGUCUUUUACAAUUCUAUUG